AUGAAAACUCAUUAUUUUUAGUUAUGGUCAAUAGGUUAUGUUGUAGAUUAAGGCCGUCUCCAUAUUUCGCAAUCAUUUUGGAAAUAUCUAACUGAAACAUUCAAUUUCUACUCCGAAAGGUAAAGGACAUCCCUAGUUGGUGUCACUUACGUCAGCUGUCGCUGUCUUUGUCAGCUGUUGUCAGUGUCAUGUGUCAAUUUACCUGUGUAAUUUGUUGCACACAAUCAACAAUCCUUUGAUCAAUCAAUUCGCGUUGCGCAUCUCAAAUAGCAUCCCAUUCCUCUUCUCGAUCAACACCCGUCCCGAGCAGACCUAGAUCCAGGAGCAAGAACAUUUUAGUUGCAUAACCAGUGUUUAGAAGUUAAAUAAGGUCAGGUAGCUACCACUAAAAAUGUCGAAGAUAAAGAUGCUGCUGGCGCUGUCUGUGAUUUUCAUUUGGAUUUUGGGGGUGAAGGGGCAGUUUUAUGAAGAUAAAAGGUGCCGGUGUCUCUGUCCGAGCCAAUCGGUGGUGUCCAACAACUCCUUGACCUACAGCCAAAAGUUGUUCAUUGCCAAUGUGCCUCCCAACAAAUGUAACUGUGAUGAAGUGGUACUCAUUCGUGUGAGUGAGGAAGUACGAGCUCGGCAGCAAGAGUAUUGCCCUCGUUGCGAAUGCAAAUAUGAGACGAGGAACACCACCGUUAUAAUGCCAGUCAAAGAUGAUACAGUUAUAGUCAAAGAUGAUACAGUCAAAGAUGAUAUAGUCAAAUAUGAUACAGUCAAAGAUGAUAAAGUCAAAGAUGAUAUAGUCAAAGAUGAUACAGUCAAAUAUGAUAAAGUCAAAGAUGUUAAAGUCAAAGAUGAUAAAGUCAAAGAUGAUGAAGUCAAAGAUGAUAUAGUCAAAGAUGAUAAGGUCAAAGAUGUUAAAGUCAAAGAUGAUAUAGUCAAAGAUGAUACAGACAAAGAGGAUGCGGGCAGUAUAUUUGAUCAUCGGCUAGUGGUGGUUGUGGUGGUGAUUGUGCUGUGGCUUUUGAUGCUGCUCUCAGUCUAUAUGGGGUUCCUUCUGUGCUUGGACCCGCUGAUCAAGCGCAAGCGCGUCAAGCCCUACAGGCAGGUCGUCGGCGUUGAGGAGUCCUGCAAAUUGCUCAUCCAAGGCGAAGAUGAAGACUAAGCUCUCUGAAUUGAAAACAUGGCGACGAAAUAACCAUUACUGUAGUAAAUAUUGCAUUUAACCAACAUUUAGAUCUGAUAAGUAUAUCAUUUGUAUGGCAACACUAUUCUCUGUAACGGUCUGGCUAAAAGGGCUUCAACCCAGGGCUCUUACGCGUAAUAAAAAAAACUGGGUGGUAAUGUGCCUCGUUCGCGCAAAGUUAAUGUUUUGAUCCGUUGGUUCCGUUUUGUUUGAAUAUUGUCUUUAUGGAGAAUAGUGUAGGUAGCAUACAUUAUGUAUUAUUAACCUAGUAAUUAAAUUAUUAACUAGCUCAUCACAAAACUGGCCGACCGAUUUUUAAAAUGAUUUUUAUUUACCCUUGAUUUUUUUAGUGCAGAUCAAAAAGUUAUUAUCGAGGCUUUUCAUUUAUAAAACGGUACAUUUGUAUUUAUUUAUAUUUUACUUUUUUAAUUGAUACCUUUGUAUAGACUUUUUUAGAUUUUUGGAUAAAAGGUGGGUCGAUUUUUUGGUGAACUAAGUGUAUCUUUGCUCAGCAAAGGCCAUUUAAUCAUAGUAAUAAGUGACAUGUAUACUCUUUAUGAAGAUAUAUACAAUUAUUGUCUGUAAGAAACAUAUGUGUGAUCGUAUUCUUCCAAAUUACUAAAUGAUACAUUUCCGUAGCAUUUAAUAUACAGGGUUAUUAAAAAUAUACAUGUAUGUACAUUACUAAAUUAAAAGUUUUGAAAUUGUAUAUUAAAGUAUGUAUUGAACAUCUUUUCGGAAUCACGGUUCGAAUCUCAAGUUUUAGCAUUUACCCUGUAUAUUUCAAAUUAUUUACAUUAUAUUACAUUCAUAAUUAUGCCAAUUAAAAGGGCAGUUUGAUCAUAAAGGUCUUUAGUAACGAUAUUCAUAGUUAAACAGUAAGGUAGAUAAACAAAACUUCACGAAAUCCAGUUCUUUGUAUUAAUAUAUCGUAAAUGUUGUAGUAAGUGUCUUAUAGGAGAUGCACAGGUCACCCCCAUGGACUUAUAACACCAUCUAAUCUAUGCAAACACCAUGACGAAAUAUGCUAAAGGUAUUGUGUGCGUGUGUUUUGAAUUUUAAUUUCGCAAAAAUCAGCUUGAAUCUGAUCUCAUUACAUUACUCUCAGAACUUUUUUAUUUAAUGUUUUUCUACUAUCCAUUGAGGUUGAUCUGUCAUCUAUGUUACCAGUACCUAAAAAUAAAUAUAACUCGUUAAUUUCGGCAAAGACUUGGAAGUAAACGGUGGUUGUGAGCGGAGGUGAGAGUGGUAGGGGCUGGCGGGCUUGAUCAGCAUAAAAUGAAAAUUUUGAACACUUAAAUCAGACCUAUUAUUUCUCUCUAACUAUAAAAUAAAAUUUUCAAGCCAUUAUCAAAGUCACCUGUAGAGUCUCGCUCUUAAACACAAACCUUACCAAUAAAAUUAUAUUAGUGUUUUAAAGUUAAGUUUAGAAAUGACAUUUUAAAAUAUAAGUAUAUAUAUAAAUAUAUUGUUCAAGAAGCGUUUAACUUUUAGUAGAGCAGGAUUUUAUAUAGAGGACAAAUGUUGGUGAGCUGGGCACUAACAUUUGUACGCAUUACAAGUAGGUUUUAGUUGCACCGAAGAAACUCAAAUGUGUCACUGUUUUCCUUUAGUCUGUCAUGUCAAAUUUUCUCCAUUUGCAAAUGGCUACAUUAAUUCUUGUCCUUGGAAUUUUAUUGACUUUAUACCUCAUUGUUCAAGACUUUAGUAUACUAUAAUACUUCACAUUCUAUUUUCUAUGAUUGUUUUGUAUUUUUGCCACGCAAGGCUCAAGUUUUUCCUGUAACUUUUUAUAAACUAUUUUUACAUGUAGACUAACAUAAAUUGUAGGAAGUAUUUCUUACUGCACAAAUUACCGCUUACUAAACGUUCUGUAUAUGAAGACACUAUACAAUAUAAUACUUAAUACUGAAAGAACUAUUUAUUCAGUGUUUUAAAUGUUAAAUUCUAAUAUACAAACUAAAAAAUAAAAACAAAUGGCUCAAUGUUUAAAUUCAAUAUACAACGUUUAAGUAAUGUAGUUUGUGUAUUGCUCAAUUUAUAAGAAGAGUAGGUAACGAUAAACAUUGGUCUAUAUUACUCAUACAAAUUUUAAUUCCAGCAACUAUGUGCUCACUGGAUUUGCACAAAAACAUUUAAAAUGUGUCAUAUUUGAACAAAAGUAGCUACUAAUUUAAAAUUAAUAACGUAAAAUCAGUUAUAUGGACCAAUGUUGUACGAGUGAUUGUUAUCACUCGAUGGACUGAUUGGUAACGAUUGAGUGCUAAAAGUUAAGCCUGGUACACGGUAUGCAUAAUACACAAUCAAACAUAACAUGUACACAACUUUAAAAAUACGUUAAGGAGGCUCUGUGCCCGGAAUUACAACUUUAUUGCAAUUAGCUUAGAUCUGGUUUGCCGUGUACGCAGGGCCUUUAGAGUUCGGAGGGAACAGAUAUGUGAUGGACUUUUAUAAUUAUUUUUAUACUAUUAGGUCCACCUCUUUUAGAAAAUUGUUGGAAAAUGUUCCAUAAAAUUAGGUACAGAAGGUUCUUCUAAGCCGACUUGAUUGGCAUAGCCAUCAGUAUUCGCGCUGGCAUCACAGAGUACAUUUGAACUAUUUAUUUUUAGUUGUAAGUUUUAAUUUUAAUGACUUUUUGAAAGUAUUUAUCACGUUGAUGAGGAAACGCAGGUCAGUCGAUCAAAAACAAACUAUUGCCUAUUGAUUAAGAAUUGUGUAAUUUUAUAAUAAUGUUGUGUAAUUUCCCUACGGAUUAAUAUUAUAUCUAAUAGUUUCAAAAGCUGUUAAAGCGACUCGUUUUGGAUUUGAUUUACAAUUUUAGGGUUAAUUUUAUAUUGUUAUUUAUUCUUGUUGUAUACUGGUACGUUUGUUUUAUUUAGCCUGGACAACACGCAAGGUGUGACUGCUUCUCUCAUAUAAUAAUCAAACGUAAUUUAAAACGAAUAAAUAAAUAGAAACUGGUCAUAAAUUGUGUGUAACUGUGUUCAGUCGUAAGCGAAGCUUUAGGCACAGUGUAGUAUUAUGUGUUAUGUGUAUUGAUCGUUAAUAAAUGCAUAAAAAAAAU